AUGGCAUGCUUGAAAAAAGCACAACUCUUGUUUUUCCGCGAUCCAUUCUCAAGAGUGAUUUGGCAGUACGUGUUUCCGUUACAGUUCGUUCUUGGUGUUCUUGGGAACUCGCUGAAUCUGUGGGUGUUGGCUAGCGAUGAGGUGCCGAAUAUCGCUAGCGAUAUGCUCGCCGCCGUCUCAUUUUGCGAUCUCGCGUUUCUUAUCGUCAUGCUUCCGCACUGCCUAGCUUCCUAUGAAACAAUUGCCUAUAAUUUUCAAUUUCGAUAUUUUUAUUUGAGCACGAAACAGCACAUGUCGGCGGUCGCCAAUUGGAUGUCGGCCGCGGCGAUUUGGCUUAUUCUCGCGGUGUCCAUCGAGCGAUAUUUGAUAGUUCGAACUCCAUUUCGAGCGAAAUUGUAUUGGCAACGCGGCCGGAUGGUCGUCGUGCUCACCUCGAUAUUUGUUACCACCGGUCUACUCACCGUAUACCAUCAUUUUGAAUGGGACUGCGUCAUCGAGGAGUUCUGCAAUGGAACGCAGAUCAUGGAUUUUUGCUAUUAUUCGGGUAUGCGCCAUCAGAAGACUUAUCGAAAUCAGGAUUGGGUGAAUCCCAGCGACGCCAAGAAGGUUUACCUCCGAUUCUCAACAUUCCUCAAUGCCAUUCUUGUCGUAUUUGUUCCAAUUGUUCUAGUGAUCCUUCUAAAUGUCCUUAUGAUCCAUCAACUUCAUAAACGAUGGAACUCACCAAGAUUGGAGUCAAUGCGAGGAGCACUCAAUCGAAACCAAAUCCGACAACGUCAACGGGUCGCGAUAACUGUGAUCGCGAUUGGUUCGUGUUUUUCGAUCACUCAGGGUCCUUCGGCGUUCAUGGUGCUUUACGAGUUGUUUUCAGGUUAUAUUGUCGGCUCGACGUUUUAUGCAAUUUUUAGUGUCACAAAUUCGCUAGUUGUAACCGGCAAAACGAUCAAUUUCAUUCUGUUUUGUCUUUCAUCGGAGCAUUUUCGCCGAAAAUGCUUUUUAAUGAUCUUCCGAAAAUUCCCAAAACUAUCACAGAGCAAAAUUGGGAAGCGAUUAAUAGUUAAUCAGCGCUCGAAUUCGGUAGAUCGUGCUUCGCAACGAACAGUGAGGUCUCGCCGCGGCUCAACUCACCAAUGCCCUUUAAUGGAGACGUCAAUGGAUGACAUUGAUCAGCCGAUGCGAAAAUAUCGAUCAAGAGUUGAGUCAUGCUCCGAUGAAAAUUGA